AUGGGCAAGGAUGAUUUGAUUGUUUUUAAUGUAGAACCUGAUGAGCCAGCUCACGAAACUGAGCCAGAGCUUCCUUGGGUUGCAGAGCUUCGUACUACUGUAUCAGAAUUAUUAAAAUUACAACCUACAAUUACUGUUCAUAGAUCAAAAUUAUUCUCACUGUUCGAUGAUUUGAGAGCACUCAUGAAAGAUUUUAAGCCAAAUCCAACUGAGGGCACAGAUCUAAGCGCAAUGUGCAGAAAUUUCAUCGAUGCUAUGAACAAAGCGCGCCAAGUUGUAUAUUAUUGUUCAGCUACUCAUUGGAGCCAACCUGCGAUAUCGUGGUCGUCAGGUACAAUGAGAGACUCCAUCAAAAGAAUCAGAGAAGACGUUGCAGAAGUGUUGGCUGCAUUUAAUAUUACUCCACCAACUCCGUUUGUACUUCCAGACGAUCAAUACGCAGCUGAAAAUAAAGUUGACCUUCUACAGUUGAAGGGAUCGCUGAUGGAAUACCACAAUCACUUAGAAAACCAACCACAAACUCCACAAAUUCAACAAGUUAUGUCUCUUAUUACAGACCGUCUUAGAUCAAUUGGACCAAUCGAGGGUCUCCAAGAUGGUCCUCCAUUGGUCUGCGUGCCUCCUUUCUUGCCUUCCAAAUUAAAUUUGGUUAUGACUCAUGAUCAAUUUGAAAUUGGUCAAGUCAUUGGCUCAGGAACAUUUGGAUCUGUCCACAUAGGUCAACUCACAGGAACAUUCAAGAAAGUCGCAAUUAAAGUUUUGAAUACAAAAGUUUUGGGUGGAAGACAACUAGAAACAUUCAAACGUGAAGUUUGGACAAUGGCUACACUCAACCAUCCUAAUAUUCUUCGUUUAAUCGGUGUAACUCUUACUCCUCCAUUUUGUAUCAUCACAGAACUUCUCAAAUGCUCAUUAUUCGAUCGCCUUAAACUACUCUCAGCUACAAAGCGUUCUCUGAUUGCUCUAAAAGUCUCUCAGGCCAUGGAAAACCUCCAUGCAGCAAGAAUUAUCCACAGAGACCUCAAAUCAGCGAAUAUCUUACUCGAUGACGAGGAUAUGCCACGCGUAUGUGACUUUGGCCUCGUUGGAUUCAAGACAGGUGCUACAAGAACCGGAUUUGUUGGGACAGCCCAGUGGAUGGCCCCAGAAAUCCUUCGAUCAUCACCAUUCUACGAUGAAAAAGUCGAUGUUUACUCGUUCGGUGUCAUGCUUUGGGAGAUGCUGACUCUCAAAGAGCCUUAUGCCGGAAUGUCACAAGAUCAAAUGGUCAUGGCCAUCAUCGAAGACGGCCUCAGACCAUCAGUUGUUGGCUGCGGACCGCCACGUGUCGUAGAAUUGAUUCAGCGCUGCUGGGCAGAAGUUCCAUCAGAUCGACCAACGUUUGCUCAAGUUUCUCAAGCACUUGCACAGCCAGAGUUCCACUUCAUAGGAACAGAUGAAGAGGAAUUCUCUAAGAUGGCUCCAAAGGACAGAUUAUCUCAAAGUUUGGUCAACGCUUACGAUGCAAACAACGUGACUCAGAUGCUUGAAUACCUCAGAGAAGUCACCAGGGAAUCGACAGAUCACGAUUCCGAGCUUAUGCCAGUUAUCAUGACUUUAUUCCCUUCACUUACAGCUGAUAUUCAAGCAGGAUUCAUUCGCCAUCUCCCAGCCAUUGUUGAUUUCGAGCAAUUCCUCGCAAGGAGAGGUUACACAUUCAUUGUUUCUCUUCUUUCAUCAGAUAAUCCUUCAGUUGUAUCAGCAACUGUUGAAUGUCUUAGAGGAAUUGACUUGCAUGCAAAGGCUUUCAGACAAGUCGCUCUCAUUUCGAAGCUAAGUCACAGCACAAAUGUAGAUGCGAUUGCAUUAUGCGCUGAUUUAUGCGAAUACGAGGAUAUCGCAGAACAUGUCAUCAGAAACUGCCUCCCAUUCAAUCUCCCGGACACAGUCAGCCUCUAUUUACUUUAUGUGUACCACAGCCUCCUUUUACACAAGAAUUUCAGGGCAAAAGUCAGUCUCAUGAAAGAGCCGCUUGAAAUUUGUGCAAAGACAAUUAAAGCUCAUCCAUUCGUGUCUUGCAUGGUUCUUGAGAAGUUCAUCUUCUCAGAGUUACACAGCGAUAUUGUCGUUGACUUGGAUUUGAUCAAUUUAGUUGCUCUUCAAAGUAAUGCAAAUCCAAGAUCUCUCAAAGUUCUGAAGAACAUUUUCACAAUCGUUAAGUCUGAAUCUCUUGGUCCUUACGCAAAACUCAUUGGAGAAGUCGUGAGAAGACACAGGAGAUACUUCGACGACGACCACUUGAUAAGGAAGUUGUCACAGAUAAGCGGUUGCGAGAUUAAGUCAGGACCUUCUGAUGCUUUGAUCAAAUUCUAA